AUGCCACUUUUCGAAUAUGAAUUAAAUACCCAGAAAGAGCGAGUUUUGGAAUCUUCGAGAAAGGAGAUUAACCAUCUGGGCAGCAUUAUUUUUAUGUCUCCGGUUCAGAAUGGCGAUAUACGAGCGACUGGGGACUUUUCAACAUUCGAUUAUCUGCUUUGCACCAUCUCCCGUCUCGGUCUUGGGAAACCCUGCAGACAAGAACUGCUGAACUCCAGGAAAGGCUCCGUCGACUGGGAUUUGGGUAUUACCGGGCCAAUGCACAUGUCCAGAUGUGAGCAGUGGCAAGAUAAGGGGCCCAUAUCAUCGUCAUUCUGGGAGUAA